CACGCUCUGCAAGGCUCCCGGGCACCGCCGCAGCUCCCGAGGCAGGAGGCGCUUGGUGAUAGGUCCUCCUCCGCCGGCCCCGCAGGUCCGGGAGCCCAGUGCUGUUACAGCCCUGCAGAGCGCAAAGCUGUCAGCUGCAGAGCCCGGAGGACGAGGGAGAGAACGAAACAGCUCCUCUUCCCCGGUGUGCGGGUGUGCGAGCUGGAGGCUGCCGAGAAGCCCGGCGGCGGAGGACCCGAGCUCUUCGGCCAGCUUUCUGCAGGGAUUUGAGGAGACCGAAGAGGCGGACGACAGGCUGAUGGGCUCAGUUGGUAGGCUGCAUUAUCUCACCAUGACUGCCGAAAACCCGACGCCUGGAGACCUGGCUCUGGCUCCCCUUGUCACUUGCAAACUCUGCCUGUGUGAACAGUCUUUGGACAAGAUGACCACACUCCAGGAAUGCCAGUGCAUCUUUUGCACAGCUUGCCUGAAACAGUACAUGCAGCUGGCAAUCCGAGACGGAUGUGGGUCUCCCAUCACUUGCCCUGACAUGGUGUGCCUAAACCACGGGAUCCUGCAGGAAGCUGAGAUUGCCUGUUUGGUACCUGUGGAUCAAUUUCAGCUUUAUCAGCGGUUAAAAUUUGAACGAGAAGUUCACCUGGACCCCUACCGAACGUGGUGCCCCGUCGCAGACUGUCAGACGGUGUGCCCCGUUGUGUCAGGUGAUCCAGGACAGCCUGUGCUGGUUGAGUGCCCUUCCUGCCACCUGAAGUUCUGCUCAUGUUGCAAGGAUGCUUGGCACGCCGAGGUCUCCUGUAGAGACAGUCAGCCUAUCGUCUUGCCAACAGAGCACGGGGCCCUCGUUGGGACAGAUGCAGACGCCCCCAUUAAGCAGUGCCCAUUUUGCCGGGUUUAUAUUGAACGCAACGAAGGCUGUGCUCAGAUGAUGUGCAAGAACUGCAAGCACACGUUUUGCUGGUACUGUCUGCAGAACCUGGAUAACGACAUUUUCCUCAGACAUUACGACAAAGGGCCAUGCAGGAAUAAGCUUGGCCACUCAAGAGCCUCAGUGAUAUGGAACCGAACACAGGUGGUUGGGAUUCUUGUGGGGCUGGGCAUCAUUGCCUUGGUGACUUCACCCUUGCUACUCCUGGCCUCCCCCUGUAUAAUCUGUUGUGUCUGCAAGUGCUGCCGGGGCAAGAAGAAAAAGCAUGACCCAUCCACAACCUAAAGAUCUCUGUUUGUGUCCGCGUGCCACGUAGCACAGUGAUAAAGCCCCACUUGGUGAACUCGCCUCCUUUUUCUUGCCAAAUUUUGGAAGUGCCUCUGUGUCCAGACUUUGAACUUGCCUGCCCACCUGUGGCGCCAGAAAAGGCCAAGCACUGGUGUGUGUGUUCCUGUGUAAAGAGAAUCAGGUUCUGCAGUCCAGGUUGUAUCUGUGGAGCAUGUCAGAAGCUUCGGGUUCUUGGGAAGGAACUAACACAGCAUCAUUUUAUCACCUAAAGGAUCCCACGGGACUCUUCUACUUCCAGCCAAAUUCAAGGAGCCUGAGUGAACAAUUCAGUAUAAUAAAGGUGUUGUCACGGUUGGCAGCAUACAUGAUCAUUGAGAAGCUAGAGUCUGUUCUGUGUUGAUCUGACUACCAAGGGAAACAUGGGGGGAAACCCGUGGAUGAGACCAUUUCAGGGGAAAUUCUCGUCGGAGUGAUAAAGCAGGCUGCUUAUCGCAGGAGGUGAUAAGGUGGCUCUGCCUCUGCCAGCUCCUGGGCCUGCUUUCCCAGCAUUCCCACAGUCACUUGGCAGAAGCACAAUAGGUUUCUCCCUGUGUGAUCUCAGCUUCAAGCAGGAGAAACUGCUGUGCAGAGGAAGUUGUCCCUUCCCAGUAAAAGGGUUUCAGCCUAUAAAACAAUAUGGUCUAAUUUAGUCUCUCUUUCUUGGCAAGUAUAACUUUUUUAAGGUGAUAAACUCUUCUCAGAGAGCCAGUGGCUGCUGCCUACAAGCUUGUUUUACAUGAAGUAUUUGAGUGGAGUGGCAGAGGUUCAAAACCUGCAUCAUAGAUAGCAGGGCCCUUUCUUGAGCGCUGUGUUCAUACACCCAAAAAUUUAGAAUUAGACCUAAAAGUACACACCAAGAAUGAGUAUUAAAGUCUAUAUGUAUAUCUAGAACCCAUAUAACUUGCUGCCCACCUAGAAUUUCUGUCCACUGGGUGUGCCUGGAUAGAUACAUAAAAUAAUAGUGUGUAUUAUUACACACAAUAGUAAAACACACAAAUGUUUAUGUAAAAGCCAUUCUGUAUUUCUUCUGUGACUAAUAUUGUUUAAUAUAAAGCAACCUAAAGGUUUUUUGCAUAUUAUAUAUGUAAAUUUUGGUUGUACGUUCUUGACUUACUCAAGUAUAGACUCAUAAACAUAACUUUUAAAAACAAUACUUAAUAUGACAUCAUGCAAUUUCAGUUUGUAAAAAUACUGAUUGAUAAUCAUGUUAUUUACCUUUUUUUUGAGAGAGAGAAAGAGAGAGAAACAUCCAUCAGUUGCCUCCAGUACUCGCCCUGACCAGGGAUCGAACCUACAACCUAGGUAUGUGCCCUGAUCGGGAAUCGAACCUGUGACCUUUCGGUGUACGGGAUGAUGCUCAAACCAAUUGAGCCACAUUGGCCAGGUUAUUUCUGUAUUUUCAAACACAAUUCAGAGCAGCUGUCUUCUUAGCCGAGUUUAGUGUCUGUUAAGGCAAUCUGAAUACUUUUCUGUAUGUACAAGGCACGGAUAAAACAACCAAAAUAUGUAAGAAAUAAAAUGACUUGUUUUUCCCAUUACACCAUAGCAGAUUUUGAAUAAAUGGGUUUUGAAAGGACAAUAACAUUUCCUCCAGUGACAGGAUGACAUAAUUGCCAUCAGCAAUGUAGCCUGGUGCCUCAUGAGAACUGUAUUAAUGACAGUGGAGAGCUCUCCUUGAAGCCAUGUCAGGAACUAUCAGGACCUAUGAUAUGUUCUGAGUAACUGGAUAACUACAUUAUUAAAUUGCUGCUAUCUGGGCCUAUUAUUGCCUAUGUAAUGGAAUAUAUCCCAAGUGGGGAUGUGUAUAUUUAAGGAACUUUAAUUCACACAUACUGUGUAUAUAUGUAUGUAUAUAUACAUAUAGUACUUUUGGUCAUGUAUAUUUUUAUUUACAGUUUGUAUAGAACAUUGAUGAGAACGCUGGGGAAACUUUUGAAUGGCAGCCAACCAAAAACAUUUUUAAUCAUUUAUUAGAAAUUUCUCAAUAUUAAGUGUCUUUAUUUUCCUUCAAAACUCAAAACACUUCAGAAAAAAGAAAUCAAUGAUCUCCUCUAUCAAUGUAUUUCAUAUUAGUAUAAAUGUGUAUAUAUAUAUAUAUUUGAAUAAUUUGCUUUGUUUUACACUGCCUCGUUAUAGUAAAAGGCAUUUAUAACUGCUCAGGGGAAUCACAGGGACUCAACUGAAAUUGAAUUUUUGUGUCAAGAAUGUCAAUAGUGGCAGCAUACUACUCUGUAAACUCUUCAGGCUUGGUUCCACAAAGAAUCUUAAAAUGGGCUGAUUUCAGGUAACCCAAAAGACUAUGUUAUUAAAGGUGGAGCUCCUGAAUUUGGAGUAAAAGUGGAAGAAAAUAUCUAUGUUAUUUCCUUGGAAAAAAUGGAAGGAACAGUCUUCUCACAGAGAUACUGUUAUAUCAGAAUUAGCUCUUUUGUGUGUGUAUGUGAGGGGAGAAUAAGGAGUGGGGUUGUUUGUCAAAAAGACUUGAAAUAACUGGACUUAAGUUUUUAAAUGUUGAAAAGUACCUGGGAAACGGUGACUUCUUCCCUCAAUAGCUAAGAGAAUUGGCCUGUGUGAGAUUGUCAGGAUCAAAAGGAACAGAUUGGUAGGUGAAAUCUAAGUAUAUCUGGUGCAUCAGGGUUGAGAUGUAAGCCAAUCAAGAGAAUUUGUUUAUAAAAGAGAGAGCUGACAACUUGAUAACCUAGACUGAUGUUGUCAUUUUGGAUAAUUGCCAGUGAAAGGGUUCAACCUUGUCUCCUCCCUUUGUCAGCUUUAUCCUUCCCUAGUGGUUCUCAUUCUGUAUUAGGAAGAAAUCUGGGUCUGCAUGAUCAUGUUUGGAUGUUGUAACAAAAUAUUUUUGUGUUUGGAGUGGUAGAGUCCAUUUGAAAUAGAAAUUUUAAAAUCCCUCACCAAAAUUGGAUGCAAGAACUUAACCAUCCAGAAACACUACUGGUUGUAAUGGCAUAACAUCUAGCCAUUGCCCCUUCUAAAAACUCUUCUCUUUUUCUUAGGUAGGGAAAUGAGGAGGAAAUUCAUAUGGAAGGACAUUUUAGAAUCUUAGGCAUCCUACUGGUUCAUGUUUGUUCUGGACUUGACGUUUCUCUUUUGAAGGAGGUCUUUGAAAAAGGAAUAUUUUUGAAUUUUCUUGUAGUCUGCAUCACAGUGACUUUUCUUGUAGCCUGCAUCACAAAAAUUUUACCUAUCCAAGUCUGAAAAUCUAAAUGCUUAUUUAAAUGUAAAUCACUGCUUCUUGGAACCCGAAAUUGACUCAUAAAUUAUUCAGAAUCUAAACAUGUAUGUAUUAUUUUAACCUUUCCUACACAGUGCUUCUAAAAGACUUUCUGUUCAUGAAUGGAUGCCUUUAUGUGUAUAGAAUCAUGUAUAUAUGUGUAGCUUCAGAGACAAUUUCAGAACGCCUUAGAUAAAUGAUAUUUUAAAAUGCUGCCACAAUUGAUAUCUAUAGGCUAUUAUAUCUCAUGUUGAUUCAUAAUCCAGAAAGUUUUGUUCUGUAUUUAAGAAAUUGCUGUCAUAUUAUAUUUUUCCAAUGAAUUGAGAGGAAAAUAGCUGUUUUAGUCUCUCUAGCCCCAAUAAAUGUGGAACAGGAAA